GGCGCGCGCCAGCGGUGGCGGCUGCCAUGGCGACCGGCAGGUGAGCGGCAGAAGAGCUCGUGGUCCCUGACCCACUCGCGCGGAGGCAAAGAGGAGGCGGUUGCCAAGGCGACAUGGCAGUAGCAGCAGCCGCAGCACCUGAGCCGCCGCUGCCGCUCGCUCAGGACUACGCUAUGGCUGAGCCUGGGCGCAGCCUCCAUCCCUCUGCCGGACGCAGGGGAAGAACUGAGCGGCGCACACUGUGGCUUCUGCGGCUGCUACUCUGGGCUGGGACCGCCUUCCAGGUGACCCAGGCAGCGGGACCGGAGCUUCACGCCUGCAAAGAGUCUGAGUACCACUACGAGUACACCGCGUGUGACAGCACGGGAGCCAGGUGGAGGGUCGCCGUGCCGCACACCCCGGGCCUGUGCACCAGCCUCCCCGACCCUGUCAAGGGCACUGAGUGCUCCUUUUCAUGCAAAGCCGGGGAAUUUCUGGACAUGAGGAACCAGUCCUGUAAGCCAUGCGCUGAGGGCCGCUACUCCCUCGGCACGGGCAUCCGGUUUGACGAGUGGGAUGAGCUGCCCCACGGCUUUGCCAGCCUCUCAACCAACAUGGAGAUCGAGGACCCCACCACUGAGUCCAUGGAGAACUGCACCACGUCCAAGUGGGUUCCCCUGGGUGACUACAUCUCCUCCAACACGGACGAGUGCACAGCCACGCUGAUGUAUGCUGUCAACCUGAAGCAGUCUGGCUCCGUCAGCUUCGAGUACUACUACCCAGACUCCAGCAUCAUCUUCGAGUUUUUUGUUCAGAAUGACCAGUGCCAGCCCAAUGCGGAUGACUCCAGGUGGAUGAAAACCACAGAGAAAGGAUGGGAAUUCCACAGUGUUGAGCUAAACCGAGGCAAUAAUGUCCUCUACUGGAGAACUACAGCCUUCUCCGUGUGGUCCAAAGUGCCCAAGCCCGUGCUAGUGAGAAACAUCGCCAUAACAGGGGUGGCCUACACUUCAGAAUGCUUCCCCUGCAAGCCCGGCACAUACGCGGACAAGCAGGGCUCCUCUUCCUGCGAACUUUGCCCCGCCAACACUUACUCAAACAAGGGAGAGACUUCCUGCCACCAGUGUGACCCUGACAAGUACUCAGAAAAAGGAUCCUCCUCCUGCAAAUUAUGCCCAGCCUGCACAGACAAAGACUACUUCUACACUCACACAGCCUGUGAUGCCAACGGAGAGACACAGCUCAUGUACAAAUGGGCCCAGCCAAAAAUCUGCAGUGAAGAUCUCAAGGGGGCUGUGAAACUGCCCGCUUCUGGCGUGAAGACCCGCUGUCCACCCUGCAAUCCAGGCUUUUUCAAAACCAACAACAGCACCUGCAAGCCCUGCCCUUACGGCUCGUACUCCAACGGCUCUGAUUGCACCCACUGCCCAGCCGGUACUGAGCCUGCCGUGGGAUUUGAAUACAAAUGGUGGAACACGUUGCCCUCAAACAUGGAGACCACUGUUCUCAGUGGGAUCAACUUUGAGUACAAGGGCAUGACCGGCUGGGAGGUGGCUGGUGAUCACAUUUACACAGCGGUUGGAGCUUCAGACAAUGACUUCAUGAUUCUCACUCUGGUUGUGCCAGGAUUCAGACCUCCACAGUCAGUGAUGGCAGACACAGAGAAUAAAGAGAUGGCCAGGAUCACAUUUGUCUUCGAGACCAUCUGUUCUGUGAACUGUGAGCUCUACUUUAUGGUGGGUGUGAAUUCUAGGACCAACACUCCCGUGGAGACAUGGAAAGGUUCCAAAGGAAAACAGUCCUACACCUAUGUCAUCGAGGAUAAUGCCACCAUGAGCUUCACCUGGGCCUUCCAGAGGACUACUUUUCAUGAGACGGGCAGGAAGUAUACCAAUGACGUUGCCAAGAUCUACUCCAUCAAUGUCACCAACGUCAUGGAUGGGGUGGCCUCCUACUGCCGUCCCUGUGCCCUGGAAGCCUCUGACAUGGGCUCCUCCUGCACUGCUUGUCCUGCUGGCUACUACAUUGAUCGGGAUUCAGGAACCUGCCACUCCUGCCCCCCUAACACGAUCCUGAAAGCCCACCAGCCAUAUGGCAUCCAGGCCUGCACACCCUGUGGUCCAGGGACCAAGAGCAACAAGAUCCACUCUCUGUGCUUCAAUGACUGCACCUUCUCAAUCAGCACUCCGACCAGGGUUUUGGACUACAACUUCUUGGCUUUGGCAAAAACCGUCUCUCUGGCUGGAGGGCCAAGCUUCACUUCCAAAGGGCUGAAAUACUUCCAUCACUUCACCCUCAGUCUGUGUGGAAACCAGGGUAAGAAAAUGUCCGUGUGUGCCGACAAUGUCACUGACCUCCGGAUUCCUGAGGGUGAGUCGGGUUUCUCCAAAUCCAUCACUGCCUACAUCUGCCAGGCGGUCAUCAUCCCCUCGGAGGUGACAGGCUACAAGGCUGGAGUGUCCUCACAGCCUGUCAGCCUGGCUGACCGACUUAUCGGGGUGACAACAGAUAUGACUCUGGAUGGAAUCACCUCCCCAGCUGAACUUUUCCACCCGGAGUCCUUGGGAAUACCGGACGUGAUCUUCUUUUAUAGGUCCAAUGAUGUGACCCAGUCCUGCACUUCUGGGAGAUCAACCACUGUCCGUGUCAGAUGCAGUCCACUGAAACCUACCCCGGGAAGUCUGUCGCUGCCUAGCGCAUGCUCCGAUGGGACCUGUGACGGCUGUAACUUCCACUUCCUGUGGGAGAGUGUGGCUGCCUGUCCGCUCUGCUCCCCGGCUGACUACCACGCUAUCGUCAGCAGCUGUGUGGCUGGGAUCCAGAAGACUACUUACGUGUGGCGAGAACCAAAGCUAUGCUCGGGUGGCAUCUCCCUGCCUGAGCAGAGAGUCACCAUCUGCAAAACGAUUGAUUUCUGGCUGAAAGUGGGCAUCUCUGCAGGCACCUGUACUGCCAUCCUCCUCACCGUCUUGACCUGUUACUUUUGGAAAAAGAAUCAAAAACUGGAGUACAAGUACUCCAAGCUGGUGAUGAAUGCCACCCUCAAGGACUGCGACCUGCCAGCAGCUGACAGCUGUGCCAUCAUGGAAGGCGAGGAUGUGGAGGAUGACCUCAUUUUUACCAGCAAGAAGUCACUCUUUGGGAAGAUCAAAUCGUUUACCUCCAAGUUGAUGAACUGUUUGGGCCUUUUAACUUCCAGAAGGAGUAUUGAACCAUCCACCUUGGUGUGGAGCCAGCAGACAGCAUCCAAGCAACUCCUCCAGGGCCACAGCCCUCUGCAGCCCCACUUCAGCGGAACCCACACUGCUGCCCCGAACCAGUUCAUCAACAGAGGACUCCUGAUGGAUUUGACUCUGUGCCACUGAAGACAUCCUCAGGAGGCCCAGACAUGGACCUGUGAGAGGCCCCGCCCUGCCUCCCCUGCCUCCUCACCUUGGCACAUCACCUUGCAAGCCUGUGGCGAUUUGGGUGCCAGCUUUCUGCUGGAGAUCUCUUCAUUGUGGCCUUAUCAGAAGAAAUUUGAAUUUCAAAUAUGUUUUUUUAAUAGAGUACCCAAACCCUCCUUUCUGCUUGCCUCAAACCUGUCAAAUACACCCACACUUUGUAUAUUA